AUGUCGAAAGGUGCUGAAGAGAUCGCAAAAGCUGCAAAAUCAGCAUUCGAGGCCUCUCAAUUGGUCUCAUCCCAGGAAAGGUCAGAUGUCCUCCUGGCUGUGAAAGCAGAGCUCUCUCGCCAAAAGGAGCUCAUCCUGGAGGCGAAUAAGAAAGAUAUGGAGGCUGCUCAAGCACAAGUGGCUGCAGGUUCAUUAUCGGCCUCACUAGUCAAACGACUCGAUCUCUCGUCUGGAGAUAAAUGGGACUCAAUGCUUCAGGGGGUAGUGGACGUCUCCAAACUUCCGGACCCCUUGGGCAGGGUUACAUACUCUAUAGCAUUGGACGAUGGUCUAGAACUUUACCGAGUGACUUGCCCGAUUGGAGUGCUCCUCAUCAUAUUUGAGGCACGCCCAGAGGUUGUGAUCAACAUUGCCUCCCUGGCCAUCAAGUCAGGCAAUGCGGCCAUCCUCAAGGGUGGAAAAGAAUCCUUGCAUUCCACCACUGCAUUAGCGAAUUGUGUGCGGACGGCACUUUCACAAUCCCGGCUGCCAGAUGACUACAUUCAGGUCGUGCAGACACGAGAAGAGAUUUCUCAACUUCUGGAGCAGGACAAAUACAUCGAUUUGGUUAUUCCUCGUGGCAGCAAUGCGCUAGUGUCUCAUAUCCAACAUUCGACAAGAAUACCGGUGAUGGGUCACGCCGACGGGUUAUGCACCGUCUUUCUGGACGAGUCUGCCGAUCCCACCAAAGCAACACGCGUCGUUGUCGACUCCAAGAUAAAUUACCCCGCAGCGUGCAACUCCGCCGAGAUACUGGUCAUUCAUUCCAGCGUGCUGGACACAGUUUGGCCCAAGGUAGCCGAAGCCCUGGUGAGCGCCAAGGUCGAACUACGAUGCGACGAGCGGACCCUGGCAGCCAUACCAUCCUCCGUAUCCCACUCGGGACUCGUCAAAUCUGCAUCUCCUAGCGAUUUUGCCACCGAGUUUCUUUCCCUCAUCAUGGCGGUGAAAGCGGUGGACACGUUUGAGGAGGCUGUGGCAUUUAUCAACGCUCACUCAUCGCACCAUACUGACAGUAUUGUGACAGAAUCUACGCCAAAUGCGAGUAGCUUUUGUCGGUCUGUGGAUAGCGCGGGAACGUUUGUGAAUGCGAGUACGCGCUUUGCUGAUGGGCUGCGCUAUGGAUUUGGGACCGAGGUGGGGAUAAGCACCGGCCGCACUCACGCGCGGGGACCGGUUGGUCUCGAGGGGCUCACCAUCUACAAGUAUAUGCUCAAGAGCGGCGGGGAGGGAGGCCACAUUGUUGGCGAAUUCGGGACGGGCUCCGGAAAGAAGUCGUACAAGCACGAGGCUAUUGUCGGUCGACUGCCGUUUUAA